CUGUGUAGAUGUGAAAAUCUACUUCGUAGCGAAAGAAAGAGUUUGUGGGCGAUAUCGACGCGAGGGUAUGGUUAUCGAGGAAUGACAGGAUAUGAGAGAAGAGUUCCACCGGCAGACUCUACGAAUAAUCUUGGCACGAAGGCCUUUUCCAGAACUGUUUGUGCUUACCUUCGGGUGGAGUGUGACAAAUGCGUUAGUCGAACAGGAAGGACUAUAUAGAAGGGUGCCUGGGAUGUAUGGUGAUCGCUGGUAUAUAGAGGCUGGGUCCGGCCUAGAUCGCUGGGCGCAAGGGCUGGUAGAAAGCAGGGGCAUUCCGAGCACUGAUCACUGGCAAAGGUUUCGCUAAGGUCCUGUCUAUCGCCAAGAUCUAAUGAAUGUCGAGCUGCUCUGCGUCUCCUUCACUCCGCACGCCGCGAUGCGCGUUUAGGACCCACGCUGAUCCGCUCAAUGCCGAAUCGACCA